UUAACAGUUUGUCGUAAAUAAGAUGAAUGAAUAUCUUGAGUUCAUCUGUCACAGAAAUGUUAAAAAGAUAUUUUCAAAUUUGGCUGAUAGUAAAAUGACUUACCAAAGUUCAAAUAGUUUAUAAUAUAUGUAUAAUAACAUAAAUGAAACAUAUCGGAAACAUUCAGGUCAUUGGAAGAGAGUAAAUUCAACCAACCCCUCUUCUGCUGUUUAAAGAAUUUAUAAAUCAAAAAUGUCAUCAACAUCUCAGAAACACACAAACUUUGUUUCUGAGCCAAUGGGGGAUAAGGCAGUAACAGAUUUGGCAGGAAUUGGAGAAGUCUUAGGGAAGAGGCUUGGAAACAAGGCUAUGAUAAAGCAGGAAGUCUUAGGGAAGAGGCUUGGAAACAAAGGCUAUGAUAAAGCAUAUGUAGUACUUGGGCAAUUUCUUGUAUUGAAGAAAAGUAAAGAACUUUUUAUUGACUGGUUGAAAGAUGCAGCAGGUGCAAACAGCAAACAAGCAUCAGACUGUUACCAGUGUUUACAUGAUUGGUGUGAGGAGUUUCUGUAAAGUAGUAGACCAAAUCUCACCAGUAGUGACUGGUUGUCACCUGUGGAUUAACUUAUUUGUGGUGAAUAUGCUACAGAAACCUGGGUUGGCUUGUAUAUACUUUUUUAUUAAUUAGCUGUGACAGAUCAACUAUAUUCUUUCAAUGUGUUAUUGUAUUAGUAUCUCAUCGGGAAUUAUUUUUCUGUACUUUGUGUAUUUCAGCUUCUCUAAAUAUUCAAUGUAAAAAUGUUAAAGAACAGGUCAU